AUACAUUCUAUCGGGCGAUAAUAACUUUUUCCCUCCGCAAAACAGCUUCCAUUGCCAUCACACCUCCCCAGUAUACUCUUUGUUACCCCUGUGCCUUGUUAAGCCCUGUCUCUCUCCGUCCACAUCAUGCUCCGAAAACAGUUGCUUCGCCAGGUGCGCACCGUCUCAGAGUCGCUGUCUGCCUCGCCGCAGAUACGGCGGUCGCCAUUUUCUUCCGCCACGUUCCUUGCUCCCCGUACAUCUAGACCCGCCUACGUCUCAUCGCGGAUAGGGCAGAGAUGGCAAUCCACAGAGGCACAGCAGCAGAAACCUGCCACGGAGGCUGCUCCUUCGUCAGAAGAGGCAAAAGCUGCGGAGGAGGCCAAGCAGGAUCCUCUCAAGGAAGAGCUUGAGAAGGCCAAGAAGGAGGUCAUAGAUCUAAAGGACAAAUACCUCCGCUCUGUGGCCGACUACCGGAACCUGCAGGAGCGGACUCGACGAGACAUGGAAUCCGCGCGCCAGUUUGCCAUCCAGCGGUUCGCCUCCGACCUGCUCGACUCAAUAGACAACCUUGACCGUGCCCUGUCGUCAGUGCCGCAAGCUGCCCUUGGAAUCACCUCGGCAUCAACAACCUCCAACACCUCAUCCUCCGACCCCAACGUUGCCGCAUCCGCCGAGUCCACCUCCGAACCGAACAAAGACCUGGUCAACCUGUUCUCGGGCCUGAAAAUGACCGAAGAUAUCCUCAUGUCCACGCUGAAGAAGCACGGUCUGGAGCGCUUCGACCCCAUGGAGGGUGGCGGGCGCAAGUUCGACCCCAACACCGACGAGGCCACUUUCUUCACCAAGGUCGAAGGAAAGGAGGAUGGAGACGUCUUCUACACCCAGAGCAAGGGAUAUAGACUGAAUGGGCGGGUCGUGAGGGCCGCCAAGGUCGGAGUCGUCAAGAACUCCUAGUCCACUCCGUGACCUAUGAACGUCAAAAUCGGGGCGCCUGUUGUUAUCCUUGUACCAAAAGUUAUCGACCUUACAUCUCUCUCUCUACCUCUGCGCUUCCAACCGGCGGAAUUCGGCGGGCGACGAAAUCGGGUCUAGAGACGGAAAAGGUCUCUACAAAAAUCGGAUGAUAUGUCGGCUCUCAUCUUAGAAGUGACGGGAUCGCGGGAGAGCGGAGCGCAUGGUAAUGUGUAUGACGGCUAACAUGUUCCGUCUUGAAAUUUCAUGUGGGAAGGCACCGGGAUGGCAUCGCACAGAUGCAUGUCGGCUGGGUGGGUAUGUGUCAAGCCACGAGCGGCGUUGGAGAUGAUCACAACGGAGCCGCAUGAGAUGUUGCUUAAACGUGCUUCAAUGUGGCCUGGCAUUUUCCGGGCUCUUCUUCCUUGUACAGCACAACCUCUUCUCUUACAUAUUGGGAUUACUAGAACCACUGUGCAUAAUUAUAACCUCAUUUUCACUGACGGAGAUGAGUGCCUCGGAGAGCAUGGAAAUAAAGGUAGUAAUACAAUAUGUCUUCCGCGAAUAUA